AUGGAUUCCCCAGAGAUUCGUGAGGAAGAGCUGGACAAGAUGAAUAAAAAUAGUCUCGGUUACACAGUUUUCCGUUCCUGUUUUGCCCUUGCCUUUUCUAUUUUAACCUUAUUUUUGCUAUUCUUUUGCUUACUUUAUUUGGCUGUAUUGAUCGGGAAUUUGUCUAUAUGGAAUCCCGUUUCUGUGGCUUCCCGGUGCAAAAUUGUAUCCAGCAGUGUGGAUCUUAGGUCAUCUAAGGUCUGUGAAUUGGGAUUGUUAAAUUAUAAAGCCAAGCAUGUGUUCCACCCACGUGAGAGAAAGAAAUAUCGUUGUCAUUAUGACUACUACUGGGCUUCUAUAUUUGAGGUUGAAUAUAGUGAUCAUUCAGGUCAGGCAAGACUUGCAUUGGCUGAAGCUCCAAAGGAAGCUCUCCCCUCUUACUGUAGACCCAAUUUCGGUGCUGCUUGGCUAACCAAAAAUAAAUUCAAGGUGAAUGAAACAUAUGGAUGCUGGUAUACGUUGGGCAUGUCUAAGGUGCACAUAGACCAGGAUGGUUUAUUUAAUUGCCAUGCAAAAGAUCCAUCAACCAUUGAAAUGCUUAGAAGAUAUUCUAUUCUAUUCACGAGGAUAUUGAAGUCAUGGCUUGCUGGUGAGGGAUCCAUAAGGAUAUGGAGAUGGGAUAUAAUAGCCGGACUUCUUACUGUUCAACGCUUUGGGCUAUUGCCAGCUCGUGAGAGCUUGAUUUCCCUCGAGCUCGUGGGCUUUGCGACUCCAAGAGUGUUGUUCUGGGUUUUAUCCUGGAGUUAUGCUACAUGA